GGCCCACCUGGCCCCCCUGGUCCCCGUGGACUGGAUGGCCUGAAGGGCCAAAAGGGUGACUCUGGCGAGAUAGGACUGCGAGGAGAGGCUGGCAAAAGGGGUGAAAGAGGUGAAAAGGGGGACAGAGGGUUGCAAGGUCUUGUUGGAAAUCCUGGAGUCCCUGGUGAAAGAGGAGAAGUGGGAAGGGAUGGAAACAAAGGAGAACCGGGUCAGCCAGGUCCCCGUGGUGUAAUUGGUGUCGCAGGUCCAGCAGGUCCAGAGGGAGAAAGAGGACCAAUUGGUAAACCAGGACAGAAGGGAGAACCUGGUGUGCCGGGUAAGCCUGGCCCACCAGGAGAAGUAAAACUUAAGGAUAUGGCAGAUCUCCAAGGCGCUAUGGGUCCAGCUGGGCCACCAGGUCCCCCUGGUAAACCAGGCACAUCAGGAGACAGA